GGGACCGAUCUGCAAACCCUCUUGGAAGAGUGGCCCUUCUUGUUCCAGUAGAUUGGCAUGGGAGUCCACUUUGAGGAGCUAACUGGAGUACCACUGAAGGAAACUUUCCUCAGUAAUGUCGAAAAAAAGGGAGACCGACUUCUGAACUUCAUGAGAACCGUUUGCACAGACAAGAGCAAAAAAAUUCUGCAGCUUGUCACAAACCUGCAAGUUUUGAGAGGACGAAAGGAGGGCUGCUCAGAAGAUCUAAAAGACAUGUUGCUCCUUCUUCUUUGCUACUUUGAUGAAAAAGAAGAGAAUCUCUUUCAUUAUGUGGAAGAAACAUGUCUGCCAAAAGAAGUACAUGUGGAAAGCCUGCCAGUGACACCAUGCAUCAUUGUAUGCGGAAACUCCUGCUAUGCCGCAAAGCAGUUCAUGCUGAGUGUAGACCACAAGGUUGUGAUUGACCAAAUCCCCACCUUCGUCUCUGCCAUUUGUUUGAUGCUUGGAAGCUAUUACUGCCUUAAUAUACAUUAUCCCGUGGAACUGGGCUCCACACUUGAGUUCCUUCAGAGGUGUUUCCUCAACAUCAAUCCAGAGAAGGGCACAAAAGUUGAAAAAAAGAAAAACAAGAAGCAACUUCCAGUGAACCCAAGAGUCCUCACCCUCAUCGCAGAUCUCUCCGAUCACGAGUGGAGAGAGACAUGUUAAAGAUGGACUUGAUCACCUGAACUGGUAAUGGGGACAUUUGCCUUUCUUUAUUUUACAUCCUAUGGGCGUACAUAAUUUCACAAUUUUGGAUGUUCAUAUUAUGUAUGUUUUAAAUGACUGGCUGUCAUUUGUAUCUGUCAUUGUAUGGAAUGCUAGGUUUCCAUUUUUUUUUUCUGUUUUGAGCCCAAGCUGAUGUCAGCAGAUUUUUAUACAUGUUCAUCGACUCAGUAUGCAGCACCACCCCCACCUACCUCAGUCUGCCUUGGCAUUGCCACUGCUCAGGAGUUUGUUCCAAGUAUUUUCAUGUCAUUUAAUUUUUUCUCUGAGAAAGUGUUUUGUGGUUAU